AUGGAAUCAUCACUUAUAUAUGUUAUAAUUUUACUUUUGAAGGUAUUUGAAUUUUCAUCAGGAAUAGUAUUUAAUAAAGUGUUACAUUUUUUUCUCUCUUUCCUAAAGAAAAUCCAGUGUUUUUUCCAGACUGAAAAUGAGAUUUCUUCAAAGGGAAUGCUGAGUGUGUUCACAUCAGGAGGACUUGCUCCCAGCUUGGGAAUCAUGAAUAGUACAUAUAAUGGCAUCUUCCACUUUAAUUUAUCAUUGUUUAGCGACCGGGUUUUCUGGUUGAUUGAUAUUCCUAGAGAAAACAUCACACAAAACACAGAUAUUGCAGCUGUAGAAGAAUGGCUAGUAAGGAUCACUUUACAUCAUGGAUUAAAUAUUUAUGCUACUGAAGGAACCCUAUUGGAUAGUAUUCGAGAACCUAUUCUUCAGUGGACUCUUGGGAUUAUGAUUCCAAAAAGUGAGGUCAGCAAAUUAUAUCCACAUGUGAUAGAUCUCAAAGUGACAAAAUGCCCCUGUGCCAACGAUGUAGCACUACUAGGCUUCAUUUUGAAUACCACACUUGAUGGUGUUUACAUAGGCCUAACCUUUUCUGGAUUUUGGAAUUAUCAUGAUACUACAUGGUAUAACUUGACAGAUACUGUCUAUUCUCACCUUCAAGAAGAACACGCAGACCUUUCAGUGGUGGAUAUGGUUUUAACAAAUCAUUUUUUAGUUAUCCUCACAACUUUGGGUCUUUUUGUAAGUGAAGAUCUUCGUUAUCCAUCACGCCAACUCUUAAUGUUUUCAAGGGCAGACUUUUGUGGUUUUGAAAGGGUUGACUAUGUCAAGGGAAAAUUAUGGUAUAAUGAAAGAUGUUUUGCUAACAGAGAACACUUUGAAGUUGAUUAUGUUACUAUCACUUUUGAGAGAAACAGGACCCUAAGUGAGCUCCGGAGAAUUGCCACUGCCUCUGUGAGCAUCCUAAAGAAUAACCAACCAAAUUUACAACCAAAAUUUCCACCUUUCCAAUUUCCUUCAUCGUUCUCUUCUCCUGUUGGAAUGGUAUUUCAUCCCCGCAGCCACUUUCUAUAUGCUUAUGGCAAUCAGGUAUGGCUUUCAAUUGAUGGCGGCAACACCUUUGAAUUAUUAGCUGACUUUCAUGAUGAUAUCAUAAAGAAGACUUUUCAUAGUUUUUAUUCUUCAGAUAUUACUUUUGUUUCCCGAAGUGGAAAGGUUUACUUGACAAAGGCAGGAUUAGGAAGAUACAGUGAAAUUGGAGAUAUUACUGAUAGAGUUUUCACAUUAUACUAUGAUCACUUGGGAUUCAUACAUAAACUGACUCCAAAUCACUUUGAAGCCGGUGGACCACCUGCAGCCUUUGGAAAUUCUAGAAGUAUUUUUGGUCAGGCUCCUGAUAUGGGCUUCGGAACUGCACUUGCUCCACAGUUUAUCUCCCUAAAAGAAAUGAUCUUUUUUGCAUAUGUACCUGAAAACGAACCUCAGGAAACCUUAUACACCAAGAAAUUCAACAAUAUACACUAUGGAAAAGUGAUCAACUCCGGGAAAACUGGGAAAGCUUACAUAAGAAAGAUACUGCAACAUGACACUCCUAAAGGAUUUUUGUCCUCAGCUAUUGCAGAAAUGAUAGAGCCUUUUGGAAUAGAAGAAGCGAAUGAGAGCUCUUGUUUGUCUAGUUCUCUUUCCAUUAGUUAUACUGGAAAUUCCUUCUAUAAACUUACGCUUGAUUUACAAAUUGCUAAUGCCUUAUUUGAAGAUACAGAUAUAGAGAAAACUGUGGUGAUUCCUGGUCACAGCAGCUUCCUGAUCACAAGCAUUUUAGAUGAUAAGAAUGCAUUAGCUAUUGCUACAAUGCCUAACAGAGCAUCCAGCAAUGUGACCUUUCCAAAGGACUCCUGGUUUUUAUACAACUUUGGGCAAAGGAAUGGACAAACAUGGACUAUAUAUUCAAAACCGUGUAAUUAUUGGUUUCAACAUAAUGAGUCACUAUCCAUCAACAUGGUGAAAUACAUUGAUCUGGGAAACUCUCAGGUUUUAAAAGUUAAAAUCAUACCUAAUGCAAAAGGUCUUCAAAUACUUGAAGUACCACUACUGAAAGUGUUAGUUGGAAACCCAGCUUUAUUGGAAGUUAGGGCUCAAGGCACUUUUGAUGACACUGAUAGUUAUCUAAUGAAAAUUUCUGUAGCUAGCAAAGCUUUACGUCAAGGUUCAACUUCACUGGCAUUUAUUGUCUGGGGAGCAUCUGCUGAGUGCUUUGUUACAACAAUCGUGCCAACGUUGAAAAGCAGCUGUAGUUAUCUCAGAUCUAUGCAUCACAUUCCUAGCAGACUUAUCCCACUUGAAGACUGGAUUAGUGGAGUUCACAGAGACAGUCAGGGUUUUAACCUAAUCAAAACCUUGCCGAUAAACUACAGGCCUCCAUCUAAUAUGGGAAUUGCUAUUCCACUCACAGAUAAUUUUUACCAUGCAGAUCCUAGCAAACCCAUACCAAGAAAUCUAUUUCACAAAUCAAAGAAAGCUGGUAAAUUCAAACAGUGUGCUAAUGUUUCUACUCGGGAGGAGUGUAAUUGCACAAAUGAUCAGAAGUUUUCACAUGCUGUUGCUUUCUCAGAUUGCAGAGAAAAAGUUCCUCGUUUUAAGUUUCCAGUUACACAAUAUCCGAUUUCUUUGGAAAUUUCUAAUGAGAAUGGACGUGUCCCAGUGAAAUCUCCAUACCUGGUUACUGUGACUGAAGUGAAUAUGAGGAAAAACUGGAAUCUAAAACAUACUGUACCAGAAAAUGUUCACAAAAUGAGAGAUUAUUUAGAACCAAUUCUUCGUGCUUCAGUGUAUAAUCCUUUAGGUCUCAAUUUAAGUAUAAAGGGCUCUGAGCUUUUUCACUUUCGAGUGACUGUCGUUCCAGGGGUCACUUUUUGCAACUUAGUUGAAGAAUUUCAGAUUUAUGUUGAUGAAGUACCACUGCCAUUUCCAGGACACACUCUUAUUGCUGUUGCAACAGCGGUAGUGCUAGGCGGAUUAAUUUUUACAGCAUUUAUGUUUCAAAUGCGUGGCAUCUACCCAUGGAAGACAUUCCAAAAAUGGCUUAGAGGAAACCAAGCGAACUUAUCAAAUAUUUCUAUCAGUGAAAUGAUUCAUAGAUGA